AUGCGGACCCAUCUAUACUCGAACUUCGAGGAUCUGACGAGAGCCUUCGAUACGGUGAACCGUGGCGGACUGUGGAAAAUCAUGCAGAAGUUCGGCUGUCCCGAGCGAUUCACUCGGAUGGGGCGUCAGCUAUACGAUGGCAUGAUCGCGCGCAUCACGGACAACAGAGUUGUCUCAGAGGCCUUCGCAGUGACCAACGGAGUGAAGCAGGGCUGCGUCCUCGCACCUAGCCUCUUCAGACUCAUGUUCACUGUCAUGCUUAUGGACGCCUACCGCGACGAAUGCCCUGGGAUCCGCAUCGCCUGCAAGACGGACGGCCACCUUCUCAGCCACCGUAGGAUGCACUUCCAGUCACGUGUACCCACAACGACCGUCCAUGAACUUCCCUUCGCCGAUGACUGCGUCCUCAAUGCCACCUCGGAAGGAGACAUGCAAAGGAGCAUGGAUCUCUUCGCCGCCGCCUGCGACAACUUCAGCCUGACCAUUAACGCGGAGAGGACGGUGGUCAUGCACUGA